AUGUCCGAUUUACACCAUCUUUUGACCUUCCCUACGAGGCCUAUCACAUCAGAUGUCUAUGAGACCCAAUUGGCUCAUCUCUUAAAAUCUGGUAUUCCACCUACAUACACUUUGGAACAAGUGGCAGCUUUCGAACAAGGUAAAGAGGACGAAGAUGAUGAUGGUUCUGAGAGUUCAAAUACAACCCCAUUACAUAUCCUAGCGAGAUCGUUGCCUAGAGAUGCUACCAAAGAGGAAUUGAAUGUGGUUCUUAAUCUGAUGAAUACAUUAUUUGAAUAUGGAGCUGGUUGGAACUUCCUAGAUUACGAAAAUAAAUCCAUUGGCGAUUUAUUACUUGAGGCUGGACAGUAUCGUAAUAGUGCGCUGUAUCAACGUGUUAUAGAAGCCGGUGUGAGUGCAGAGUUACUUCUCAGAAAAGUUAAUGGUGGAGAUGUCGAAUUUCUAGACGAUUUAGAAGGGAUUGAACAAGAACAAGAGAUACAAACUAAACUCGUUGACGAUUCUAGUGUCCCUGAAAUUUCUGAUAGUAUUGACGCUAGUGAUUCUGAUUUAACUGCUGCAGAUCCAAUGACAUACCUAAACACUAAAUUGGAAUAUACAGACGACAAACUGAUAACGAAGGACAACAAAGAUGGUGUUAUGAUGGACUGGGAAGAUGGAAUUAUGAAACUUGCAGCCGAAACUUUGUUCUCUGAUUCUUCAAAUACCAUCAAUUCUACCGUGUUAAAUAUUGGAUUUGGGAUGGGUAUUAUCGACACAUACAUUCAAGAAAAGAACCCUGCUCAUCAUUAUAUAUGUGAAGCCCACCCUGACGUACUUGCUAAGAUGAAGAAAGAUGGUUGGUAUGAGAAACCAAACGUAACUAUCUUGGAAGGAAGAUGGCAGAAUACUUUGAAUAAAUUACUAGAUGACGGUAACGUCUUCUUCGAUGGUAUAUAUUAUGAUACCUUCAGUGAACAUUAUGAAGAUAUGCUAAAUCUAUACGAUAUUAUAGUAGGGUUAAUUAAACCGGAGGGGGUCUUUUCGUUCUUCAAUGGAUUAGGUGCAGACAGACCGAUAUGCUAUGAUGUUUAUAAAAGAAUUGUUGAGAUGGACGUUAAUAAUUACGGUAUGAAGUGUGAAUAUACCACUGUACAGAUUGGUAAACAGUUACCUGAUUGGAGCGACGUUAAACGUUCAUAUUAUAACUGUGAUUAUUAUUAUCAUCCACGUAUAUCAUUUAUGUAA